AUGGCUUCAAGGUCCCCUUCUGCGGUUACACCGUUCCCCAAACCGUCGUCUGUUCCCGACACGCCUUACGGGGAGGCAUCGUCGUCGCCCUCACCACAGCCGGUCCCCUUUCCUUCGCCGCAGACCUUCGACAUUAUUCCACCCUUGCAUGGUCUCCUGCUCCGUCUAAUCUCCCCACAGACCACCGGUGAAGCUGCCCUGAGCGAGGUUGGUGCUGUAGGCCCAAACGCACCUCCACCGUUGGACAUCAAGGAUCUUCCCAUCGAGACCAACUCCAUCAGAAUCCGAAUCCAAAAAGCGCGCGCCGUCGUCGAGAGUCUACCGGACGUGCAUCGCACCGUUGCAGAUCAGGAGCGAGAGAUUGAAGAGCUUGAGGAUCGUAUCGCGCGCUUGAGGUCGGUUAUCGUCGAAUUUGGGAAGAGAGCUGGCAAACAGACGGAGGCAUCAUAA